AUGGCCCACCGAACCCCCCUAAGCAUCCUACGGGCGCCAAACACCCACCAGCACCACCUCCUCCUACCACUAGACACCCUCCAGCAGCAGUCGCGCAGACUCAGCACCACAAAGCCCGCCCUGGCCCGGGUACCCCCGAGGGAAAAGACCUCCGCAUCCUCCCCGUCGAAGGGGGGAUCGCGCACCCGCGCUGCAUACCAGUACCGCUCACCACGGUACUACCGCGGUCGCUUAGCCCCCAAUGUGCCACCGCCAUCGGCCUCGCCCUCAUCCAGAUUAUUCGUGCCGGGACCUUUCGCCGCAGAACGUACCAAUCCACCGCCCCCACAUCUCACAUCUCCCACAGUUACUGAAAAGCAGGAAAUAUGACAGGACUCGAAGAUCACUACUGGAACACAGUUGCCCCCGAUUUACAAGUCCUCUCAUAUGUGCACAAACAGAACCCAACUUUCGACAUAGAGAAGGAUUACCGACAGCUCACGGCGUUGCGUCUCCCGCCGAAGCCUACCCGACAACAACUCCCCGCGCUGCGAACGUUCCGGAAUAUCCCGCGGCUGACAGGGAUCACGGUGCACUCUAUGGUCCGCGAGGCGAUGAAGGAUUCUGCAUACUUGCAUGCGGCUGGCAUGAUCGUGCAGAGCAUCACGGGCGUUAGGGCGAGCGUGCACAAGAGUAAGGAUAAUAUCGCAAUGUGGGAGUUGCGCGCCGGCAAGUCAAUCUCCGUCACCGCGCAGGUCAAGGGGAGGAGCGCAUAUAGGUUCCUCGCCCAGUUGAUUGAUGUCGUGUUGCCCAGGAUUAAGGAUUGGAAAGGGGUUGCUGGUGGCUCGGGUGAUUCGAGUGGGAAUAUUACAUUUGGGAUGUCGUCGGAGGCUGUGUCGAUGUUUCCCGAAAUUGAAGGUGGGUUCUCUCCCUCUUUCCCUUGAGAGACCGGGGGAUUGGGGGGUUAGUAGGGUGGGCUGACAAUGGUCGUUAUAGUGAAUUACGAUAUGUACCCUCCAAAGAUGGUGCCUGGACUGCAUAUUACUAUACAUACUUCAGCCGGAAAUGACGUCGAUGCUAAGAUUUUACUCAAAGCCAUGGGCUUGCCGUUUGAUGGAAAUUUCCGAUAA